AGUCACUUUCACUUUCAUACUUCCACUGGUUGCGCGUCUAGCGACUCAGUCAAUCUCUCUCGAUUGGGUGAGAGGUGGACUUGUGAAGCCAUAUGGAGGUGAGGUAGAUGGAGAGGAGCGGCGUCUUUUUGAAGUGUAAACAAGUGGGUUUAUUUCAAAAUAUGGAGGUAAAUUUUGUUCUUCUUCUGGGUUUCCUUCUGGUACUGCUUGCCGUUGACUCCUCCUAUGGUGCCGAUUCAGAGGUAAAGAAACUUCCAAACUCGGGUUUAGAUCCGAAAAAAACUGUUGUUUCGACUCAUACCAACAUCCCCAAUGAGACAUUGAGCGGGUCAGACUCAGGUUUAGAUUCUUUGAAAGCUGAGCAAGCAAAAAAGGAUGAAGAUCAAGUAGGUGUACCAAAGGAGGGAGUUGAGAGUACAAAAGAGAAGAUCAGUUCAAUUAAGCAAUUGGAUUCAAAAGAAGCUGAUAAUGAACACACAGGAAAGGGCAGUUUGAGUAAGGAGUUGGAAACCGAGGGUGGUGAUAACAAAAAGGAAAAGCCUGGUGAUGGGUCGAAAUCCAAACAGGCGUCCAAAGAGGGAGGCAAUGAAGGGGUUUUGGAAUCUUCGAAGCCAGGGAAGAAGGAGAGCCUGCAGGGCGAAGAAUGUGAUCCAUCUAAUCAGUGUGUUGAUGACAUAAACAAAUUGGUUGCCUGUUUAAGAGUUCCCGGAAAUGAUUCUCCAGAUCUUUCCCUUCUGAUUCAGAACAAGGGGAAAACUGCUCUUACUGUUACAAUAUCUGCUCCUGAUUUUGUUAAGCUAGAGAGCACAAAAAUUGAACUCCAAGAGAAAGAAGACAAAAAGGUGAAAGUUUCUAUCAGAAAUGGUGGAAGUGACAACUCCAUUGUUUUGACAGCGGGAAAAGGUCGUUGCAGUCUUGAUUUCAAGGAUCUCAUAGCCCAGAUUGCCCAGAAGGGAACUGAUAACAUUCCCGAGUCCACAGAUGGUAAUUUCCUGACAAGAACCUCUAGUUUAGCAUUUCUAUUCUUGGUUGCUCUAGUGGCAGCUGCUUCAGCUUGGAUCUGCAUCAGUUUCAAACGGAAGUAUUUCCCCAGCAGUGGCUCUAAAUACCAAAAACUAGACAUGGAGCUCCCAGUUUCAGGUGGGGGCAAAGUAGAAGCAGACAUAAACGAUGGCUGGGAUAACAGUUGGGGUGAUACUUGGGAUGAUGAAGAGGCGCCCAAGACGCCCUCAAUGCCGCUUACCCCGAGCCUCUCAGCUAGAGGUCUUGCCGCACGGCGGCUGAGCAAGGAAGGAUGGAAAGACUAGCUCUCCCCAAAGCAAACUCACCCCUGUGAAAGGAAGGAGGAAAGUAGAUUUUGCUUUUCAUGAAAUCAUUUGUUUCGCCAGUUUUAUAGGUACCCUCUUUGAUUAUUUUUGUCCAUGGUAAUAGAAACUUAUAGAUUUUUUUCUUUAAAAUUCAUAUAUGCUUUUACCACUUGGUUGAUUUAAGGUUUUAUGUUCUGUAGAUUUGACUGCUUCUCAUGAAAAACACCCUUUCAUCUUGUGCUUCGAGCA